CACAAAAAUAAUUAAAAUUAGUGAACAUCACUCGAAGAAUCAUCAAAAAAGAAAAAUUUCUCACAAAAUUUGUCACAACAAAAAUUUCUGCAAAAAAUAAAGAUUUAUUAAAAAAAAAAGUAUACCAAAAAAUUCAACUCGUCUCCAAAAAAAAAAAACAAAAAAAUUAUCACAUCGAAUCAAAUCCCUUCAUUGACAAUUCAAUUACUUUGUAAACUCUCGCUCAAAAUCUAACUAUUCAUGCAUACAACUAAAUACAUACAUACAAACAUACUUACAUGCAUACUAGCAAAGGAAGCAGCAGUAAAAGCAUAGAUUUGUGUUCAUAUUCCUGUGCAACUAAAAUCUGAAAAAAAAUAAACACAAAAUUCACCUCAACAAUUGUGCUCAGUGAAGUUCGUACAAUUCAGUGCGAUUUCUAUUUCCAAACAAUACAACAAGCAAAACAAAAACAACAACUUACUACUAGUUUAAAUACUUAAAACUACUACUCACUCGCAUCUACAAAACAUAAACACGCACACAUACACACUCACACACGCUCAUAUGUGUUUUUGUGUGUGUGCCUGUGUCUUAACUAGAAAUCAACAAGCAACGUUAGAACUGAAGCCAUAAUAAGGAGGAAAGGAGUUUGCAUACAAAAUAUCCUGCCAUUAAAUGAGAAUUCAAAUGCAAUCUACAACAACAACAACAACAAAACCAAGAACAAGCAAAUCGCCAGCAAAUUGUAUGUAAACCUUGAAACUAAUAAGCGUACAGUAGUACUCGGCUUGGCUUAAUAACUAAGAGGUAACUAACUUCAAACUGAAAACUGGUAACUGUAAACUACAAAUCCAGUUAACAACAACAAUUGCAACACGAACAACAAGUGCGCAAAUCAAAAACGAAUCAAAUACAUAAAGUUCAUAUCGACACAUUAUACAUACCUACGAAGACGUCCUCUAACUCUAGACCGCUCUCUCUUUCAUUAUCGCACUCGCUCACUCGCUCUUUCUCUGCAAACUGUCUCUGCCACUAAUGCAUACAACAGAAAAAGUGCUAACUACAUAUUAUUGGAUAUGUAAAAUAUGUGUGUUUGUGUAAGUAGCGUGCUUAGAUGUUGCAAUAAUAGCAACAAAUGCCCGACAGUACAGUUAGAAAAUAAUUGCAACAACAACAACAGCAGCAACAAUCAGAAUACGCAUGCCAAGCAAGUGAAGCGAAAAGCAUUGGACAGCAGCAAAGGUAGCAUACAGCUAGCAAAUACACAACAGAAGCAAGAACAACAAACACAAAAGCAACAACAACACAAACUUAUGGCACAAACAACGGCGAAGCAUAAAACAAAUUUGUGUCGGUGAAGUAGCAACAGCAGCAGCAGCAGCAGCACGAAAACGAAGAAAAAGCGCAAGAAGAAGCGGAAGCGGAAGUAGUGCACAGCACAGCAGCAGCAACAACAACAACAGGCGAGAAGUAAAUAUUGAAAUUGUAUAGUUUUGCAAGUUGAGCAGAGCGUAGGAGAGCUAAUCGUCAGUAGGCAAGCGUUUAGCAAGCAAGUGUUUGAAAGCGAGUGAAGGCGUUUGCAUUGAAAUCGCCGUACAAUAAUAAUACAACAACAACAACAAAAACAAUAAUAUUGAAUACAAUAUUGAAAAGUAGCCGCAGCAACAGCAACAGUCGCGCGUAAAAUAAAAAAUAAUCAGCCGUUGUCAUGAGGAUCAUCGCGCCGUUUCGGGCUCUGGUGCUGGCCCAUUUAUUUUAUUGCGUAGCGCCAGCUGGUGAGGCUGAUUACACUCUGGAUGAUUCUUUUUGGAAUGAAGAAAGUCCUGUCGGUGAAGUGGAACGCCUCCUUAAGGAGUAUCGUCAAAAUCAGGAACUAGUACGCCGUAUCGGCGGUCAUUACUAUCAGAUCAUUUAUCCGGUGCAGCUGCGGCACCACGAAAAGAUGGGCAUAUCAACGCGUGAAGUGAGCCCACCAAAGGUACGAACCCGUAAACGUUUGCGUUACUUAGAAAUGCGUAAGCGUAGAAAACGUAAUAUACGUACUUUAAACAAUUUGACCGGAACGCCGGGUCAGCGUACACGACCCCAUGAGGAUGGUGGCUUCAGUAGAGGCAGAACAAAGAAACACUUUCAUCGCACCUCACUCUUAAUUAAGGCCUUUAAUCAUAAGUUUCGCUUAGACUUGGAAUUAAAUUCGCAACUUUUAUCACCAAAUAUACAACAAAAACAUUACCAUGUGAGUGGUUAUCAGGUGGAUGGUAAUCGGCAUGACAUUGAGCAUUGCUAUUACCAUGGCACCGUUAAGGACUAUCCUGGUGCUAGCGCCGCCUUCCAUACGUGCAAUGGUGUCAGCGGCGUCAUACACAUCGGCAACGAAACAUUCGUUAUACAUCCCUUCUAUGGAGGCGAUCUUUCGAAACAUCCGCAUGUGAUAUUUGAGGCACGCACUAAAGCCAAUAAAGGAUGCGCCAAUUCGGGUAAUUUAGAGACGUGGCGUUUGCAACGACGCCCGAAACUGUUGUCGGCUGGUGUCAUCGACGAAAUACAUCCGAACGGUGCGGGCCGUUAUAAGCGCGAUGUACGCGAAGCAACUAAAUACAUCGAAACGGCCAUUGUUGUGGACCAAGCGAUGUACGAAAAACGUAAUGGCAGCACACGUGCCGAGGUCAUACACGACGCCAUACAGGUGGCGAAUAUAGCGGAUUUGUACUUUCGCACUCUGAACACCCGCGUCUCGGUGGUGUAUAUUGAAACGUGGGGUAAAAAUCAGGCCGUCAUCGAUGGCAGCAAGGACAUCAGUAAAGCCAUAUCGAAUUUCAACGAUUACACAUCGCGAAAUCUUUUCCAAAUCGAACGCGACACCACACAGUUACUAACCGGCGAGACGUUCGCUGGCGGCGAAGCGGGCAUGGCCGUGCCGGAGACUGUGUGUACGUCGCGUGCGAUUGGCAUCAGCGUCGAUAUUAAUGUCUACGAGCCACAUCUGUUGGCUGGCACGAUGGCGCACAUGAUUGGCCAUAAUAUCGGCAUGGGUCACGAUGAUGGACGUGAGGAGUGCUACUGCCGGGACUGGCAUGGCUGCAUAAUGGCCCAAUCGAUAGUUGGCCAGGAGAAUGUGCAGCCUUACAAAUUCUCCGAGUGCAGCAAAAAGGAUUAUAUCGAUGCAUUGCGCACCGGACAUGGGUUGUGUUUACUCAAUAAGCCGAAUGAGAUCGAAAUGCGUCGCAAUUGUGGCAAUAAGAUCGUCGAGGAGGAUGAAGAGUGUGAUUGUGGCACGAUUGAGGAGUGUGCCAUGGAUCCAUGUUGCGAUGGCAUCACUUGUAAGCUGAAAUCGGAGGCUCAAUGUGCCAGUGGCACUUGUUGUAAUGAAUGUCGCCUUCGGCCAAAAGACUAUGUUUGUCGUGAUGCGCUCAACGAAUGCGAUCUGCCAGAGUAUUGUGAUGGCGAAAGUGGACACUGCCCAAUGGAUGUGUUUCGAAAGAAUGGAUCACCAUGUGGACACUCAAAGGCGGGAGUGUCGUCCGGCUAUUGCUUUCAAGGUGACUGUCCCACCUUGAAUCUGCAAUGCGAGGCGAUUUGGGGUUAUGGCGGCUUGGCAGCCGAUCGCCAAUGCUAUGAGCAAUUCAACUCGAAGGGUUCGAUCAACGGUCAUUGUGGGCGUGAUGCCAAUGAGCAUUAUAUUAAAUGCGAACCAGAAAAUGUUCAAUGUGGCACAUUGCAGUGCAAAGAGGGCGAAGGCCAGCCAGUUAAUGAUGGCAUUGAUCAGCUUUAUUCGAGUACAAUUAUCUCAAUCAAAGGAACGGUAUAUACAUGCAAAGCCACUAGCGGUCAAGUGGGCGCCAAUGAGUAUCCGGAACAUGGACUGGUUAAGGAUGGUACGCCAUGCGGUAAAGAUUUGAUUUGUCUGAAUCAGACUUGUGUCAGCAUAUUUCCACAUGUCGAUCAAACCAAAUGCCCAACAGAUUCACAGGGAAAAGAGUGUUCAGGACGCGGGGUCUGCACCAAUACCAAUCGCUGUUUUUGCGAUAUGGGUUGGGGCGGCGUCGAUUGUAGCCUUGUAGUUUUACUGACCACACCACUGCCAACGGAAGCGCUGCCAACCGCGGAGAAUACUAUCAAAAUGGAGAAGAAGGAGACACCAUAUGAGAACUACCACGGCUCAAAUACAGUAUUCCUGGUCGGUGUACUAAUGUCAGUUGUUGGGUUCGUUUUUGUUACUUUCACCUUGAUGGCACUGUGCUACAGGUCAGUUGUAGUACAUAGAAACUUCUCCCUGUGUCUGAGACGCAAAACCACCACACUCAAGUACGAUCCGCCAUAUUCGAAAAAGCCCAUCGCCAAGGGCUAUGCCAGCGCCGCAGCCACUGCCGCAAAUCAUCACUCGGUCGAGGAGGUUUCACUGGACGGUUCCAGCAAAUUGGUCUAUGCCAAUCAGGCCGGCUUCAGGGAUAAAAGCAUACAUGGUCGCCGUUAUACAGGCGGCGGUGAAGACGAUCAGGCCCACUCUGAAAAGGGCAUAUUGAAGAAGCACAGCUAUGGGCUGGUGCACAAUGAACAAUUGAAGGAUAAAUGGGGCGACGAUGUACAGUCCGACAAUCUCGAGCUUAUAACACAACAGGACGGUGCACUCGGCGCCUCCACAAGCGGCGGAGCGGCGGUCUCCGAAGUGGAGCGCACGCUCAAAUCACUGAACGGCUAUCACGAAGACAUAUUGGAGGCAUUGCGUAAUGCGGCCUCACAUCGCGGCACCGCCACCGGCAAUACGCCCGUCGGCAGCGGCAGCCUUAGCGAAGAGAUGCUGCGCAAAACACUGCAAGACUGCCAAAGCGCACAGCUCGGUUACAGUGUGGAACCGUAUAAGCGUUCUAGCGGCUCGAAAUCGAGUUCACGUGAGAAUAUCUGCGAUCCGGCGCAGGCGCACAUGCUAAUCGAGAGUGCGGGCAUUGGCGGGCAUGCCGGUGCCAUAUUGCAUCAUCAUCGGUCACAGCAUCAAUUGCAUCAGCCGCCACCAUCGAUGCAGCAGCAGCAGCAGCAACCGCCGCUAGACGAUGAUGAUGCACCGUCGACCGGACCGUUACGUAUACGCAAUCUGGAGGAUCUGAUACGACAGCUGGAGCAUCAUUCGUCGCGUCACAUGAGUCCUAGCGGCUCCGAGGACAUUCGAAUGUCCGAAACGGAGGCCGAUCGCCAUUAUAGAUUAGAUAGUUCCGCCGCUUGUAGUGAAUCGUCGCAAGGCUCAAAUCAGCAAUUAGCACAAUCACAGAAAACUGCAACAAUACAUCCGUCUUACAGCAGUCGUUUGCGCCCGCGCUCCGACGAGGAGUCGCGCUUCGCCUACGGAAGGUACAGACAUCCCCAAGCAGCUAGUAGACAUCCAUCGCAUCAAUCGCAUUCACCUCAUGCUUUCGGCCAUCAUACGCAUCAUUCGCACGCCCACGGUCAUGCUACGCACGGCCCACACUCAUCACAUCACUCGUCGCAUACACACUUGCACCAGGACGACGAGGGUAUAUACGAGAGUGCCGACCAUCAUGAACGUUCGGUGGUUGAUGCACGUCUCGAUCCGCGUGAAACACCCGACAGUGAGAGUGAUGACUUUAUUCAAGCUCAACAACAGUUAGCCCGGUGGGCGAGUGAGGAUGUGGUAUCCGUCGUGGUAUUGGAUCAACCGCAAUCCGGCACAAUGUCGGAUUCCCAACAAUCCAGCGGCGUCGGACCAAUGUCAACGGCUACAACGAGUACCGUUAUACAUCAUCAACACCCGCACCAGCACCACGGCGAUCAUCCAUCCUCGGCAGCAGCCUCAUCAGCAGCGGCGGCGGCGGCUGCGGUGGCGGCAGCAGCAGCGGCAGCCAACAGCAACUCUAUAAUGGGUUUGGGGGGCGUGCCAAAUGGUAUAAAUGUAAAUCAGAGGGACUACUACCCCUCGCCACCCUCAACGGAGACGGAAAGCAGUGGAAGUGUUAUCCAACCGCUCAGCCGUCGUUUGCCUAUACCAGCCGAUACCGGCCAACAACAGCAAGCGCAAUUGCAGCAGCUGCACCAACUGCAUCAGCAUCAUCAACAGCAGCAGCAUCAGCAGCAGCAGCUUCAGCUUCAGCAGCAGCAGCAAAUGCAGCUGUUACAGCAGCAAGGCGACACCACCAGCAGCAGCAACAACAGUCAAUCAGGACAAAUAAUGGAGAAUGGUCGAUAUCCGGAAUAUAAACACUGAUGAUAAUGUCAAUGCCUACAGCAACAACAACAAAUGCAGCAACAACAACAGCAACAAUUGCAACAACACUAGCAAUAAUAACAAUCGUAAAUGCCACUGAAAAUCAAUUUUUCUAACCAAUAGUUAACUGUGCAAUUUGUUGUUGUAUCGGCUGCAAUAUGCGAAUGCGACACGAAGCAACCGGUGUCGCCUAAUUGGCAUUGACAGCAGAACAUUUGUUAUUGUGGCCUGAAAAGCGUAAACAAAAAAAAAAACGAAGUACUUCGCGCUGUUUAACGAGCAUAAACGAAUCGAACGAAGCGAGCCGAGCGAACCGAGCGAGUAAGCGAACGAGCGUACGCGAUAUCGACCGAAGCCCAGCAAUGUGAUUUUAUACAAAGUAGCAUUUUAGGUUAUUCAAUUAAAUAAAUUGCAAACGAAAAAUGAUUUGGUAAAAUAAAGUUAAAUUAAUUAAAUUAAAAAUUUAAAUGAAAAAAAAAACAAAAACGACUCAGAAAAAAUUAAAAAAAUUAAAAUUAAAAAAGUAGACUUAGAUAAUUUACAAAAGCAAAAAAAAAUUUAAGAAAAAAAUAAAUAAUAAAUAAUUGUGUGCACUUGAAGCAGUUGAAUCGUGAAUUUAUUACAACAAAUUAAUAUGCAAAUUUGCGCAAACAACAAAAACAAAAACAAAAAAUAGAAAAUGAAAACGCAAAUCGUUUCGCAAACUAAUUCGAUUAAGUACACACACACCCACACAUACACCUACCCGCAUACAUAUACAUAAGUAAAUAUAUAUGGAUUUGUAACUUUUGUUAUUAUUCACAACCACAUUGUACAUAAUGUAUGUAUGUAUUGACUAGCAUAUUCGUUAAGCUCCACAAACUUCUUUAUGGUAUAAUAUUGUACACUUGUAUAUCUGUAUGUACUUACAUACAUACUCGUACAUGCAUAGUAUAUAUGUAAUUCAUCGUAACCCUAACCAUAUUGCACAUAAAUAAAUUGUAAUUUACUCGUACAUACAUAUAUGUAUAAGUAUCAACACUCACACACACUUAUGUACAUUUGUAGCGAUGUACGAAUUUGCCAAUUAGCAUUAAGCCGCCACAUUGAUGUUUCUAACACACUCGUCUAUGCCAGACAUAUACACGUAAACAUGCGUGUGUUAAAUAUUCAUAGAUUUAUUUGUAGUUAGCAGAAUGCAGAAGGAAUUAUGCAGGAAAACAAAAAAAUAGCAACAAAUUAACAAAAUAAUGAAUAUAGAAAAUGAAAAACCGAAUUAUUAAUUAAAUGUAUAGGAUCCACACACUAAGUACACACAUACAUAAACAUUGAAGGAAAAUAGAAAAAUGUAUAAUUUUGUGCAAACUUAGUAAUGGCUAACAGAGAUUGUAAUACAGAGUCCUCUUGGUUUUCUGAUAUUCACAUAGCAGCCAUUACUUUUUUAACGUUCAGCAAUAAUUAGUCAAUAUUCUGGGGUUCCAUUUUUCUCUCAGUUUUUCAUUUAUUGUACAGAAUGUAUUCACAGAGCUGCUCGGCAGUCUGAAUACUGAUUAAAAAAAACUUAGAAUAGAGUCUAAACGUUCUCAUUGCCAUUAUCAAUAAUAUUUCUUUAAACCUUAGAGUAUGACCUCUUGAUUCGAUACAAAUAAUCUUCAUUGUAUACUAGUAAUUUAAAUCCACACUAAGUCAGAGCCAAGAUAUCUUUGAACUACAGUAAAACAAAAUACAAUAAGUCCUUUAAUGAAAAAUGUAUAUAUCUUUUUCUCGACUUGUAAAUGUCAAACCUUUUAUUAGUCUUUAAAACCCUUAAAAAAUGUCAUAGAUUUUUCCACAAGAAAAGUUAGAAUCCUUUUUAAAAACCAACAUCCUUCAAUAGUCGGGCAGAAAAAAACAGGUUUUGAGUAGGCUUUCAAUAUUUCUAUUACUGGAAAAAAUUAACAAAUCAACUACAGUGGAUCUUCCAUAACUCGAACGCUUGAAGUGGCAAUAGAAGGCAACUUUCAUACAAAUUUCCUUCCAUGAAUCAUAUUUUUUUCGACCAAAGCAUAAUACAAAAUUUAAAAGUUUACUAUCGAGGCAGAAUUUUAAAAGAGUCAUUCUAUAUCGUACGGAGGGGAACAAAAAAUAUAAUAUUACCCUUAUGGAUUGCAUAAAUCUAUAUUUUACAGCUUUUCAAAUGUGUUUUCAAAUAUGUUUUAAUGAAAAUUCUAUAACUCGAAGUCUCUCUAACUCGAAGUUUUUUGUGGAUUAUGAUGAUUCAAAUUAGAGAAAUAAUCUAAAUUUUUGUGUUCCUACCACUGUCUAUACUCUGUAGUGGUUUCAAGCUAUGUAUAGAGAAGAUAUGAAAUUAUAACAGUAGAACCGAGGUUCUUGAAAUGAAACCCGGUGGUUUCAGCAAUAAAAUGUUUCGAAAUUCUCUUUUCUGAGAUAGUCGAUGAAAAUUCUUCCAAAAUAUUGACGCUAUAACUUUUCAAGAUGGUUGUGAAGUCUUCUCAUGAUUUGGACGAUUAUACUCAAGAAAUUCGGUUCUAUUACGAACUCAAAACUCUGCUCAGAAUCAUUGGUUUAUUGUCGCUGUUGGCAGAUUGUUAGUUACCUCGUAUCAUUCUUUCCGUAGAGCUUUCGUAUACCCAAACAUUCUUGGAUGAUAUGUCCAAUGUAUUCAUUUCAUAUCUUUAGAGCGUCAACUAUCUCGAUCAACCUAAUUUCGUAAUUUUUUGGUUUUUAAAGAAUCUUGUAUUUGUCCGUUAUAGCCUCUUGUGGGCUUUCAUUAAGUUCAGUAUCUUCGAUACAGUAGUAGCGUACACGGAAUAUAAUAAAUAACUUAGGAAUGGUUGCUUCGUUUGGCUCAGAGCUAAGAUAAAACCCAUCGAACCACUCUUAGGUAUCAAAUUUUGGCCAAGAAUUAAAAAUUUCAAGUUUUACUCAUGAGAUGUGAUCUCAUCCUCAAUAUUUCGUAUAGUUUUAAAAUAUUAGUUCUACAACUUUGCUUCCGCCGUUUUCCAAUAUUGUUUCUUUUACUCAGCGAAUGUCGGCAAAAAGUGACAGAAAACAAUUCCAUUUUCGUUUCAUCUUUUUUCAU